CCAUGCAGCUGAACAAAAGGUUCGUCCUGCGCUUUCUCCAGGCUCAUGGGAAGCUGUUUACCAGGAUUGGGAUGGAGACCUUCCCGGCUGUGGCAGCCGAAGUCCUGGCCGCCUUCCAGGCCCUGCUGGAGCACAGCCCCCCCCCCAUCGGAAGCAGCCGCCUCCUCCAGCUCACGGCCAUCAACAUGUUUGCCGUCCACAACUCCCAGCCCAAAGAGUGCCUGUCGGAGGACUGCCGCUCGGUCAUCCAGGAGCAGGCCUGCGCCCUGGGCCUCGCCAUGUUCGCCACCCUGGUCAAGCGCUGCACCCGCCUCCUGCAGGACGUCUCCCUAGUGGCUCAAGGCCAGGGGGACCCCGAGGACGACGACAUCAAGGUCUCCGCCUUCCCGCCGGACCUGAAGGAGCUGCUGCCCAGCAUCAAAGUCUGGUCGGAUUGGAUGCUGGGACACCCGGAGGCCUGGAACCCGCCGCCCAGCGCCCUGGAGCUGCCCCCGCCGUACGUCCGUCGGGGGCCUCACACGCAGGCCACACCCCCACCCCCACCCCCACCCGUGCAUGCCCUGUGGGUGGAGGGGGGGCGCGAGGCCAGAGCGUCCAGUGGGGGGGAUCAGCUGGACCAGCGAGGGGAUUCGAGGCACGGCACCCCCAGCCCUUCCCCGG